UUCGCAGUGUGAGUAAAAGUCAGGCCACUCUUUUUCACUUUCCGUUGAUCGGGUUGCUCGUUUCGAUUCUUAGUCCCGGUGACUUUUCUACAACAGGGAGAAGUGGGAUCACUUGGUGGACGCUCAGGAGCGUAUCUCUACAUAAUCAACCCAGUAUCGAAAGCAUGGCUCGCUAUCAGCUUCGAAGGCCAUCGCCUGUGCGCAUCAUUCCGAGACGGGUCAGAAGACAAGAACCCACGGCAAGCACGACACCUAGUGCUGUCGCUGAAAAAGAAGAAGAAGAGGAAGAAGAGGAAGAAGGCCCAGAGAGCCCGGACUCACUGUUCAGUAGCCCCUCAACUGUGGGUGCACUAUCAGAAGGGGAAGACUCCGACUCUGACUCGGAGGAUGAAGGUGUGGAGCCACCUUCGCCAGCGAAGAACGGCACAUCUGCCACAGCCACUAUUGCACCCGGGGCCCCUUCUACUACAGCAUUCUCUCUGCCAGCUUCUAUCGCGAGCGAUAGCAGUGAGACUAGGAUAUCUGUAUUGCAAAAUACCACGGCAGACGUUACAUCGCAAGUUCAACCACAGGUCACAAGCGCUGAGUCUGCACUCGGAAGCACUACUCAACCUCCUGUAACAAGCUCUACCUUGUUGCAAACCAGCCGGAUCUCAACAGAGCAGCCUGCAGCGACAUCUUCUAUCCCUCCACCACCGCCACAGCUAGAGACUUCAGGAGAAAAUAGUGCUCCACAACAGUCAUUCCCGCAGUCAGAACCAGCACAUAUGACCAAAGGCACCAUAGUAGCCGUUACAUUCGUCAGUAUUUUAGGUCCGUCUCUGCCCUAUUAAUCCAGUGAAGCCAAACUGACAAAUUAUUAGGUGCCCUCACACUUAUCAUAGGCACAAUUGCGUUUAUAAAACGUCGCAAGCGCAAGCAAAGGGCCUAUCAUCAACGCCUCGGA